AUGUCCACGCACGACCGUAAGAAUCUUGUCACACCUUUAGGGACGAGCCUACAUGGACAGAAUAUCGAUCAAUUCAACCCGAAUAUUCCAAUCCAUUGGGUGAUCGCAACUAUCGUACGACUGCAACUCUCCAAGGCUUGGUUGGCGACUCGUUUCCAGUCUGAAAAAUCGAAUGUGAACCUCUUCCGCUACGACGACCGUGUCUUCGAGACCGCUUUCAAGCUUGUGCAGUUCUCCUAUCUCUUGCAAACCAAUGAAGGAACCUCAUAG